AUAUUUGCGCUUGCUUAAGCGUGGUUUACCGCUACUUACAACAUCUCCGUUACCAUGUCCGUUACGAACUCGAACAUAGGUCGCAAACGAAGUCGACCAGGAGAAUGGACUGAAGUUGAACCUUCACCAGUUAUUCAUGUUCGUGGACUGCCGAGACAUAGUGUUGAAAUGGAUCUUGUGAAAGCAUUUGAAACGUAUGGGCAUAUUCGCGAUGUAACAAUGAUUCCCCAACGAAACCAAGCUUUGGUUGAGUUCCAGGACCAAGCAGCUGCUGAAGCGUUAAUCAGUGGGAAUGUUGAAAUGCGAGUUUUGAAUACCCCAGUUCAAACCACUUUCAGUACCUCGAAGCAUAUAGUUCAACGUGCUGCAAACAGAGCUUCUGCUGAUGAACAAAGCACACUUUCUUCGGAUAAUCAUAUUCUUUUAUUCACAAUUUAUGACGCUGAACGUCCGGUAACGGUAGAAACAAUUCAUCGAAUAACUUCUUGUUAUGGUCAUGUUCUUCGAAUCGUCAUUUUCCGUAAAUCUCAGGUUCAGGUAAGUUAUUAUUCAAAGACUCUAGCGUUUCAGGCAAUGGUGGAGUUUGAAAGUAUACAAGAUGCGCGGAAUGCGAAACUUCAUUUAAAUGGUGCAGAUAUUUAUCCAGGGUGUUGUACAUUAAAGGUAGACUAUGCACGUCCCACUCGGCUAUCCGUAUCCAGAAAUGAUCAAGAUAACUGGGACUUCGAAAUUUCUGAAUACGAAGUACCUUACGUUACUCAAGAUUCUCAGCACCAUAACUCUCUUCUCGGUUAUAUGGAUGAUGAAUAUAGCAAUUUCGAUUACUCAUAUGGACAGUAUUCAUAUGAAAAUCCAGGUGAUUACUCUCAACCGUAUCCUACAUACAAAAACCUACCUAUGAAGUCUCAUAACAGUGUACCAAAUGGGGAUAACACGGGGGGUAGGCAUUCUAACUGCACUCGAGUGGUUAUGCUAUACAACAUUGAUAUGGCGAAAAUGAAUUGUGAUCGCAUAUUCAAUCUUUUAUGUCUUUAUGGCAACGUUGCUCGCGUUAAAUUCCUGCGUACUAAAGAGGGUUCAGCCAUGGUUGAGAUGGGUGAUGUUGACUCAGCUCUUCGAGUUAUCAGACACUUGUCAGGUGUUUCCUUUAUGAACAAUCAGUUGAUGGCAUGUUGAUCAGUUCUCAAAAGUGCCAGAUAAACCCUCCUCUGGUACUAUUAAAUGGGGCAGUGACACUGAGGCGUGCGAAGCUCUGGUUUUAUGUAAUCACCAGCCUCUUAAAGAUGAAGAAUGUACGCAUCCGUAUACGAUUAAGUUAGCAUUCGCAAAUCCUAAUCUGUCUGCUGAACCAAUCCAGGUGGGAAGCCAUCCAAGUGAUAAGAGUCAUAACGGCAAUGAUAAUAUGGACUGAUUUUAGUAAGUUUUAUUCUGAUUAGGAAUAAACUCCGUAUUUUUGUAGUUUGAUUACCAUUGAUAAUUGAAUAAUGCAGUGAUAUUCGAAAAGGCGGGAUACGAUGGAGGAUAUAAACCAUUUUCAUUUACAAACAUAGUGUAAAAUAAGUUAUCCUCAUGAAGCUGCUCUGAGGAUUACUCCCAUACAGCUCUACACGUUAAAUCUAUAGCUUAUGGAGCAGUCAAAAUACCAGGAUAUCCACAAACCUAGUGACAAAUAUUUACGAGCAUAUCAAAUCAUGAGAUUAAAGGAUAAGUACCAUGAUAUAGGAGGUGGUAGAUUAUGUAUACAGUGCCAUCAUAGUUUUUCUGUGUACCUGUUUAAACAAAUAUGAAAUUUAUGAACCGACUAUACGGUUGUCAAAAUACGGAACCACUAGUUAGUUAGCCGCAACGUGUUAUUUCUAAUCAGAUUAUGAGAUAACUGUUUUACGUAUGCAUCUUUUUAGAUAAGUCAUUACGAAGAAAAUUAGUGCUAGAUGAUAACAUUUUGUAGCUUCUCUACAAUCCUAUAAUAAUUGACAUGGUUUACAGUAAUAAAUUAUUAAUCAGUACUUGGAGUUGUAUGGAAAAACGGAGAUUGGAUAAUAAUAUUUCUUUAUACUUUGUGUAUCUGCAUUUUAGUUAUUAUGAGAUUGUAGGGAAACUAUGAAAUGAUAUCAUCAUAAUGGUUGUCUUAUUAAUGCUUUGUUUAAAUAAAUUUUUAAAAGAGACAAACCGGUUGAUAUACACAAUUGAAUAUCUAGAUAUGUUGUUUUUUAAAUUUCUGAUAUAGCACGCAAUGAUGCAGUAUUUUUCAUUUUGAUGACCUUUCGAGCAUAAAUAAUUCCUCGUGUUGUGCACUAUACUCGUUAUCUAACUUAUAUAGUCCUAUCACCUCGUUCUCUUUGUUUUUAGUAGUUGUAAAAUUUCCCACAUCUCUGGUACAUAGGUGUUGCAUCAUGAAUUGUACGUUGAUUUGAUAAACAAAAAUUUGGUAAUCGAUCUAACUCUCCACCUAAGUACAGUUGCUCUAUUCCACUACAUUGUACUGUUGCGUGUUAGUGUAUGCAUUGCGAUUGCUGAGUUUUUUCUAGGCUAUCGAUCCUAUUGGAGUGUAUCAUUCUACACUUAGCUACAGUUCUAUGCUCUGAUAAUCUGAUUGGUUAGUUCAACCUCAUAGUCAUUGCAAAAAUAUUCGGUAGAUCAAAUUAAUUUGUCUUAUUGGGUCAGUAGGAUCUAUAAGCCAACAGAGUUUGUUUCAGGGUGGGUUUGUAGGUUUGAGUGCCACCUUAGCUCCAGCCUUGUUAAUAAUUCUACGUGAAGUUCCUGAUACUCCUUCCUUACAUGGUAACACGAUGGGAGCCGUGAAUUUCCUCUUAUAUUAUCAUCACUAUUUAUAUUACUGUUAUUCGAUUCCUAAGGAAAAGCCAUAUGGAAUGCUGUGAUUGUAAGCAAUUUAUGCGCGGAAAGUUAUCAAAAUAAGUAGUGCUGUACCAUCGUCUGCUGUGGCAAAUAAAGAAGUCUAGUUUAAAAUAACAUCGUCACAUCGCCCAAAUUUUACACUCAUAGGUAUCUGUUGAGUAUUCUCACACCAUAUUUGGCGCUUUGGCAGUAUAACCAUUUAAGUUUCUCUUGCUAUUAUUAUUAAUCCGUUAGUGAUGCCAUUCUAAGCUUACGCUUGUUACGAAAGCGGUAUUCAGACUGAUCCGUUAGCUUAAUCUAGCAUUAAUACCAUAAGUAUGUACUCAUAUAAUUAACAGUGAUUUCCCUAUUUCUCUGUGUCUUUGAACCACGUGUGUUUGAAUAACUUUUCUCGAAUGUAAUCACUUUUUCUGCUCGAUUAAGUUGCGGGUUUGGUAAAGUUUGUAAUGGUAUUCGCUUUUCUAAAUGCCAAUUAGCUUUAGCGACGUUAAAAUCUCAGUUAAAUAAGGCUAAAUAGCCCUUUUUAUUAAUUGUAUAUUAAUAAGUGUUAUUUAACUGUUCGUUUUGCACUAAGCUCUUUUUAAGCAUACACUAUAAUAGAAUUUAGCUGAAGAAUUUUUCGGAGUGUUUGGCAUCAAAAUCGGCCACAAAAUAACCGCAUUCAUAAUUAAUUUACUUUACUAGAGAUCACUACACAUCAAUCCCUAUCACAGUGAUCACCACAGCAUGCAAUUGAACAUGUCAUCAUCAGUCAGCACGGCAUCUUACACAGGAUCUAUGAAAUUUUUAUUCAACCAUGUAAAUCGGUAGUAUUCAGGUUUUCUAUAUUCCUGUCCUACUAGUUUCGCAAUUCUUGUUCCUCUUUUUUAUUCCAACUUGUUAAAUAUAUUUUACAAGUAAUUCUAGUAUGCAAUUUUCUUCGGUUUCCUUGUUUUUGAAUGAUAUAUCUUCAUUGUCUCCUUGUUAAAUACAAUAUUAUUACUUCAACUCUCUUCUGUUUCAUGUACACUAUGAAUGCAUUUUACAUACAAGGAUGAUUGUGUAUUUUGCAUAACAUUCCCAAAGUAAAACAAGUUUCACGGUAGUGUUUCAGUAUAUUACAUGAAUGGGUCGUUGUUACUUGUUUAACUUAUUAUAUUUAUUUCCUCGACGUAUAUCUUUAAAUACCUAAAGUGGCUAAUCCCCGAUAAACAUAGAGGAUUCGUGAUGUGCUUAUUUUAUUUCUGUGUGUUUAUUCCAGAGUAAUGUGAACCAUAAUAUCCUUUCACCCUUUGUGUAAGAACAUAAAAAUACUUAGCAAAUCAUUAGUUUUAAGCGUUUGAUGCUUAAUCAGUAAAUUUCGGUUCGAAACACUAUGCAAUGAUUUAGCCAAAGAUGUGAAUUAGAAAUACACAUCGGUAAGUAAAAGAAUUAGGUUUAUGGAGAGAAAUCGUCUCAUAUAAAAUGAAAUUGUAUCAGGUAGAUUAUGAUUACAAGUAUUCACUAGUGGAUCCAAUAAAGAUGCUUUAUUCCACAGGAAAACACCACACUUCUAAAAAAGCUGUGACCUCCAAACAAAAGCAUCGUCGAAUACAUUUACUGUCGAAAACUGCCAACAUUGUGGAAGUUGUUACAAUACUGAAGACUGCAUGCAUAUCGUGUUUUCCUGUAGAUAGCGCAGCUUCUGUUUCAUUUUUCAUUACGCGAUUUCCAACUGUUCUUUCAGUACACGAUCUUCUAAACUGGGAAUAUUUGAUUUUCCGGUCAGAUUUCUCCUAAUCUCGCCAGACUUGUCAUUUAACCAGAACACCUAGAUACAACGUUGUCGUGGUAUGUUUAACCCGAUUACAAAGCACAUACAUACAAAACCACUUAGGUUUUCCACUUCAUUGCUUUUCAAACCUCUAGCUAAACGUUCAUUUAGUUGGAGUUCUUUCUGAAUAAUGAGUUGAAGUUAUUACAGUUGAAAACAAUAAAAUACUGUGAAUCGAAAACUCCCCGUAUGCUCUUCACUCGGAAUCGGCACCAAUAUAUUUUCUUGAGGAGUUAGAAUAACUUAGUUCGUGAAGUAAACACUGAGCCACACCUGUUUUGCAAAGAUUAGUGGUACUACCUCACUGCCCAGACAUGGUUAAGUGUAGCGAGGUUCGCUUCCGUGAUUCGCUGGUUGAAAGUCGAGUGUCUGAACCAUUCAAACAAACCUUCAUUCAGUUAAUUAAGUAAAUCCCCAUUUUCGACUCAGAUAAUUUUUUUAGUCAGUUCUUAUCCAAAAUAGAACAGAGUCAAUCCUAACUGAAAAUUGCCAAAAUAAGGCAAUUUUUAAAGUUAUCCUAGAGGCUCAUAACUUUGUUUCAUGUAUUCUUGUCCAUUUUUCAUCAACAAAAGUGAUGAGAAAUUACAUUUCCUAACUUCUGAAUCUUUCCAACGUGAAGCAUUGGUAUUAUGUCCACUUCACUAUGACCUUUUAUUUGUGUAAGACUUUCACUAAAAACUGAGUGGUUUGUUUUAAGGUCAAAUAGUAGUUUAUUUUAUGAUGAUUGUGCCACCAACGUCGCUUAUCAUGGGUUCUUACGUUAACAACAUAUCUGAGUGGAUAGUCUUAUUCUGAUAAAGAAAAUUUGGUAACUUCCCCCCAAGCGCUCAUCUACUUCGCGUAAUGCAUCUCGGUUUGAACCCCCUGCAGCAGCUAAACAACCUCGCCUGGUUAACUAGUUCACUAGUUAAUAGCCGGUCUUAAGCCCGGAUAAAGAGGGAAGGUUGGCCAUAGGGUUAGCAACCUUACCCCAUAAAACCAAUCUAACCGCUUAAGAAACUUC